CACGCUGCUAAUUGUCUCGGUGUUGUCAGGAAGGGAAUCCUAGAGCCGGGAGCAACCUGUCUUUAGAUUGAUAUGGAGUCUCUGACCGACAAGGCAGACUGGAUCUCUAGGCCACGGCCGAUGCCGUCCGACACGGCAAGCGAGCCAGGAGACUACUAUCUCGGUUCUAGGCCUACCAGACACCCUAGUCACAUUGCCGGCCUGCGGUGCAGCCGUACUGUUUGUACGGAGCUGGGCAUAUCUCCUUAUCAUUAUACUCGUGCUGAAUGCUGUGCGGCUAUGAUUGAGACAGCAGGGAAAGAGUACACAUUUCAAAGAAUCGAUAGCCCUAUCACAAUUGGGAAAUUCGAUGCGGAAAUAUCUAGGAGACGCUUCUCAGAUGUAGUUGACAAGAGCCGCCCAUAUCCCGAAGACUUUGCUAUUGGGGAGUCCGCUUCUGAAAGAAGAAAGGGGGAUGUCACUGUUCAUGGUGAGCAUGUUAAUGAAAACGGAGAAGAUGCCGUUGGUACGCUCACUGGUUCAUGUCCAGUAUCGAACAACACUGGAAGUGAUUCAAUGCUUUGGCAGACCCCAACGAGAUAUCCGCGUGUGAAAGAGACUCCCAGUGAUCCUACAGCACCAGAGUCCCCUACCGUUUCCUCUCUCACAAAGCUGUUCAAUCUCUACUGCUCCCCCUCUCGACGGUUAGUGACUGGAUACAGCAUGGAUCAGUCUGUCUUGAGAGACGAUCCCUUCACCAUCCCAGGACGUCCUGCUGCUGCAGCUCCAGCUCCAGUUCCUCCUCCCCCUCCCCCUCCCCGUGCACCACAAUUGCCUUCUUACGGAAAUCCGUUGCCGCACUCGAUCCCACAGAACUUGUACGCUGUGCCUACUCAUCAUUACAUGCCUCCAAACCACAUGGCGCCUUAUGGUUACAUCCAGGGACCAUGGGGUAUGAACCUUCACCCUACUGCCAAUGGAACUCUCUGCGUUCCCUCUGCCGUUGGACCUGUUCCCAUGAACCAGCAGUUCCAUGCGAGUCUCAUGCCGGCUUCCCUGCACCUGUCUCACCCUACUCGCCCUGCGUCAAGUCCUCAGCCGAAUAUUUACAAUAUUUUGGAAAGCCCCGCGUCCUUCAUCUCAUCUGUGGCACCUUCUCAGCAGACUCAGGUGCUUCAGGCCAUUGAGCAAACGCAAGCUCCAGAACUCCCUUAUCAGAACUUGACUGUCAUCGCGCCUCCCAGCGCAGCUAGCGUUGACACUGUCGCGUUUCCAACUGAGAUGCCUAUUGGCAGUCUUGUCCAUUUUCAGGGACCGCCUACUGCAGGUGUUAUGAAAAUCGGUAAUAUUCCCUACGGGAUCACCAAACAGGAAAUCAUGCAGUUUCUCGGUCGUCAGACCCGUAUCUUGCGCGGAGAUCCAGGAUCUGCUAUCCACAUCAUCAUGGAACGUUCUACUGCAAAGACUAUGGACUGCUAUGUCGAGCUUGAGACACCUGAAGACGUGCAGGACACAGUGACUCGUAUCAAUCGUGUGCAGGAGCUUGGCCGUCCGCCCCGCCUGGGUGCUCGUCACGUCGAUGUCGAGAUUAGCAGCCAAGAUGUCCUUCUUAAGGAGCUGUUUCCCCGUGCGAAGUGCGUUGUUUGGAGGGGUGGGAGCCCUCAAGUCAUGCCGAAUACCGACCCCUAUUCAACUGGGUUCCAGGGCUUCUUCACUGGAGAGGAAAUGGUGGGCAUGGUUCGUCAUGCAGAGACCCCCCAACGUUCACCUUUUGCAUCAAAGUGCCCUCAGCGCACUUAUGAGUGCAUGAUUAGCACUCUUUAUAAGUUCCCAUGGUAUACUGCAGGGCUCUACACUGUUGAUGACCGCAACACCCUGUUCAAUGCGUGCCAUCGCCAACUGAAGGUGUUGGUGGCUAGAGUCAGACGAUCCCGCACUAUGGGUCUUGACUACAGACUGGUGCAGGACCUUCUCUUUGCUGGUCUGAACUGUCCCGCUUUCAAUGAACGCAUGAAAUUCACACUUGCUGCCCAUUCGGGUCAUUGCGGUGAUGUCGUUAGAUUCCCCAACUCCGGAAAAUAUUUCCCCUUUGACACGCUGGUCAAGAUGCCUGGCUUUGAUGAGCCAACCCUCAUGUACUAUGCCCGCCUCAUCUCCAAGGGUCUCCUCCGGGAGGAUCCAGGUACCGAGGAACUGCCCAACACUUAUCCUGCCAAUGGUUUCCCGUUUGAAUCCCCUUACGGCCACCUCUGGCUCGAGUGGAAGAAGGAUAUUGCCAAGCGCAAGUCAUGGGAAAGUGCCGUUCAGCACGAGAUGAACAUCCUGACCAACCUGGUCCUGAAUGGUUGGGCCAAGGCUGAGCAAGACAGGAGCGGCGGCCACCCGGCUUCCACUCCUGACUCUUUGUCUGGACUUCGUGCAGGCUCAAACAACAGCCGCGCUUCUACCGAUGGAUCAGGAUCGAUCAUAGUCAACGGUCAGCCGAUGCAGCCGACUGCGGUCCCCAGUCUCAGCAGCAGCGGCAGCUCCGUUCGUCGCCCCAGCGAGGUUCUAAACCAGCGCCGUGGUCACCACCACAACGAGACUCGUGCUGAGUUCAACUUCCCAGCGUUUCUGGAAGCCAGUGGAUUCGCCUCCCACCGCGGGGAUCUGACCAUGUCAUCUCCUGCUCGUCUCCCACCUCCUAUCGAGACCGAAUACGAGGAAGGUAGACUGGCCCCCCUGGACCGGGACCCUCGCCAUAUUCAGGGCCCAUACUCCGGCUAGACCUCGAUUUCAAUUCACUGCUACUUUCCCAGCCAGGCAACAGGUCCGUUCCUGAACCGGAGUCAUCCGAGUAUCAAAUCGGAGAUCAGAUGAUAUGGAGGUGUCCGCCAGGACCUUUUCGUCUCUCUAGGUUCCAGUAGCGUAGAUUAGUGAUCAUUUCUCUAUUGCCUCUUCAGGAACAGAAAGUGGUUGAAGAACGAUUUUUUCAUGGCUGCCGCCUUCCCCCGUUUUCCUCUUGGGUUCGUUUCACGUGUGCUGUUUGUUUUGUCUUUCUACCAUUUUGACCGUCUCUAUCUCCGCCUUUCACGAUUACUAGAUGUACAAAA